AUGAAAGAGGCUGGGGUGCAGAAUCUCGAUCAACACAACAUCGCACUAACAGAGCCAGCGAAACGUUCACGACGUCGUCGAGAUGGCACUACGGUAUUUGAGCCGGCACUUUCCGUUUGCGAAUGCGAAUGGACAACGAACGAGGGGCUCCAAUGUACACCAAACGUUACCGCUCAUUCCGACGAGAUUCACAAGCAUAAACGCCCAGGUGCCGAGAUGUGCAAGUGUGCUUUCGAUCGAGAGAGCGACGAUGCAUGGCCGUGCUAUCCUGAGAAUCGUUGGAUCCAAGAGAGAUGCUCGUGCGAUGCUCACGGAUUGUGUCAAAAACAACACAAAUCGGCUUUCAACGCUAAAUUCGAUUGCGCUUGUCAGACACCGGAAACAGUCACUUCAGCCGAAAGUCGUCAAUUUUGUGUGAAAACAGAUUUGAAACUCGACGUGUUGAAGCUUUGGGAAUAUUAUGGGACAAUUUUGGAUGAAGAUCCGAGAAUGAUUGAAGCACUUGGGUUUCAGAAUAUGACCGAUGAAGUGGCCAUUGUGACAAAAGCUAAAGAAAAUAUUAUUUUCGCGAUGAGUGAAUUGAACGAAAAAACGAGACAGACGCUCAGCAUGCAAAAGCAUCAACUCAUCCACAAAUGCUCGUUUAACGGUCAAUCCUGUGACAUUGAUCAUGACUUCAAGCUAGUCUCCGAUCCAACAUACGGCAAUUGUUUCAUUUUCAAUCACGAGCGUAACUUCUCGAGAUCGAGUAUACGAGCGGGUCCGAGUUACGGUCUUCGCGUUUUGAUGUUCGUUAAUGCAUCCGACUAUUUGCCGACAACGGAAGCCGUCGGAAUCCGAAUGACCAUUCAUGACAAGGACGAAUUCCCGUUUCCAGACACUUUCGGUUACAGUGCGCCAACCGGCUACAUUUCGUCUUUUGGGAUGAAAAUGCAAAAGAUGUCUCGUUUACCGGCUCCCUACGGCGAUUGUGUGCCAGACGGGCGAACGACCAAUUACAUUUACACAGAACACGUUUACUCAACAGAGGGUUGCUAUCGUACCUGUUUUCAAGAGAUGGUUGUAAGAGAGUGUGGUUGCGGUGACCCCCGGUUUCCCGUUCUUGGCCAGGCAAUCCAUUGUCAAGUGUUCAACCCGGAGCAAAGACGGUGUCUAGAGGCAAGAACCCGAGAACUCGGUCAAGUUCACUCGUCUUUCCGGUGUCGAUGUCAACAACCGUGCGAGCAAUCCGUAUAUACAGGUUGGUCACAAAAAUUGAGUGAUGAG